UCGAAACUUUGUUAUAUGCAAUCGGAAUCUUACUCCGGCGACCGGAUGUCAGCCGGCGGCGACGAAAUUCCGGCGAUGAAGCAGAGAUCGUCGUCGGAGAAUCAUAGAGAGGCUGAGAGGAAACGAAGGCACAGAAUCAACGCCCAUCUUCACACUCUCAGAACUCUUCUCACCUCCACCAAUUCUAAAACAGACAAAGCUUCACUGCUCGCAAAGGUUGUCGAAAGCAUGAAAGAAUUAACACAACAAACAUCGGAGAUCGCAAAAUCAGGAUUCACAUUUCCAUCCGAGGCGGAUGAAUUGACCGUGCGCCAAAGUCAAACCCAGGUCAUUGAUGGUAAAUUGUUCAUUGAGGCAACCCUUUGUUGUGAGGAUAGAGUUGACCUCAUACCCGAUUUGAUCGAGACCCUCCGGACAUUGCCUCUAACCUUAGUGAGCGCAAAACUUGCGACAUUAGGAGGUAGAAUCAAGAAUGUAAUAGUACUCGUUGGAGAAAAUAAGGAUAAAGAUCGAAUAGAUCAUUUAGUUUCGACAUUGAGAGAUGUCUUAAGGACUAAUGUCCUAAAAUCGGGCUUUGGCGAUGGAGGAAGGAGCAAAAGACGUAGAAUGUUCGAUCCGACGGCGGAGAUUUAUGGAUUGAAUAAAUAGUGACCGUUGGAUGUUUUAA